CACGUGAGGCUGCGCUUGCGCAGAACGGUCACGUGGUGGCUAGCCGGGAAAAUGGCGGCUUCGGGAGAGAGUGGUGCUUCGGGCGGCGGAGGCAGCACAGAGGAGGCAUUUAUGACCUUCUACAGUGAGGUGAAACAAAUAGAGAAGAGAGAUUCAGUUCUAACAUCCAAAAAUCAGAUCGAAAGAUUGACUCGUCCUGGUUCCUCUUACUUUAAUCUGAACCCAUUUGAGGUUCUUCAGAUAGAUCCUGAAGUGACAGAUGAAGAAAUAAAAAAGCGGUUCCGUCAGUUGUCCAUCUUGGUGCAUCCUGACAAAAACCAGGACGAUGCUGACAGAGCACAGAAGGCUUUUGAAGCUGUGGACAAAGCUUACAAGUUGCUACUGGAUCAGGAACAAAAGAAGAGGGCCCUGGAUGUAAUUCAGGCAGGAAAAGAAUACGUGGAACACACUGUUAAAGAGCGAAAAAAACAACUAAAGAAGGAAGGAAAGCCUACGAACGUAGAGGAAGAUGACCCUGAACUGUUCAAACAGGCAGUCUACAAACAGACCAUGAAGCUGUUUGCUGAGCUGGAGAUUAAAAGGAAAGAGAGAGAAGCCAAAGAAAUGCAUGAGAGGAAGCGACAGAGAGAAGAGGAGAUUGAAGCCCAGGAAAAAGCCAAGCGAGAAAGAGAGUGGCAGAAAAACUUUGAGGAAAGUCGGGAUGGUCGAGUGGACAGUUGGCGAAAUUUCCAGGCAAAUACAAAGGGGAAGAAGGAGAAGAAGAAUCGGACCUUCCUGCGGCCACCGAAAGUUAAGAUGGAGCAGCGGGAGUGAGCCGCAGGACCACGGCAGGGCGUCCCUGGCCAGAGCCUCCCCACUGCCUCCUCCUGCUUCAAGGACUCAUUCUUUCUCCACCUCCACCCCAACAUAGAGUAGCAAUUGCUUUUUAGUCUAUUUUGUUGUCAAUACAAUUUAAUAUCAAUCAGAGUAAUUCUUUGUACAUUGAGAGGAGGGGCUUGGUCUAACCUCCCCCCUUACCCACGGAACCACCAGGAUUGGAAGGAGCUACUGACUCAUGCCGCCACCUUCCCACAGCCUGUAACUUAAUGUUUUAUAUUUGAAUUGUGGUGGCUCAAGGGUCAUGUAUAGUUUGUGGAAAUCUUCCAAUUAAAUGUCUUGCUUACAGUGAUGUUGCCCUGACUCCAGAUCAGCCUGGGCCACCUUGGGAAGCCAUCUUUGAGGCCCUUGCUCCAAUAGGAGAGGCAUUGUGGACUCACACGGCAGAGGCUCCCAGCCACUUAAACCUGUUCACUUUCCAAAGAGUUCGCCAUCUUCCAGCCGGUCCCAUUGUGUCCUCGCUUGUCUGCAUUCAUUAGUGGUAAUAUUCUUUUACGUAUAAUAAAUUUUUAUACCCAA